GAGAGUGAAGGAAAGUUUGUGUGAAAUUAUUGCCGAUUGUUGAAGAAUGGCUACAAGUAGCGCAGUGGAUGGAGUAGGAAAUCCGAUCCCAACAUCGGCAGUGCUGAUGUCAGCAUCCAAGCACAUAGAUAUUAGAUGCCGAAGCGAGAAUGUAGCUUAUCUCAAGUGCAAAAAAGACGAUCCUAACCCUGAAAAAUGCCUCCAAAAAGGUCAACAAGUCACUCGUUGUGUCCUUAGCUUGUUGAAGGAUCUCCAUCAGAGGUGUAACAAAGAGAUGGAUGCUUAUGCUGGAUGCAUGUACUACAACACAAAUGAGUUUGAGAUGUGUCGUAAUGAGCAGAAGGAAUUUGAGAAAGCCUGUCCUUAUUGACUGGCUGGCGAAUGAUGUUUUUCAUUUAAAGAAAUAAAAACUUGAAUGUAUUUGCAAACGGAGAAGAGCGUAUUGUUGUUAGCACCUUUCAAUCAAUAUGCUUGUGUUUGGAACCCUAUUCACUGGGGCACUUGCCAAGUUGAUGUUUCUCUUAAAUUUGCUUUCCAACAUAAAACAUGAAGCGGCAAUUCGUAUAACAUGGCUUGUUUUCGGAUCAUAAA